AGUCAGCCUGCUCUAUCAUGACCUCGAUGAACUGCCACAUUCUUCCACGCCCUCCUUCGAUGUCUCCGAUGCCCACCGACCCGAUCAGGCACACUGCGUCGACUGGCAACUGACCUGCCUAUCGGACUUCUUGUCGAUCGAGUUGAGCACCGUUCAGGAGAUCGUGGAUCGUUCCAAAGAUUGGACCUCCAGCCUGCCUGAACCUGAUUGUCGGCUGGCGGAUAUGCUAGCUCAACGACUCACCGUUGAACUGAAACAGAUCAAUUCGCUGGUGGAGCGACGUGUCGUCGCCUUGCGCGAAUUCGCAGACAAAGUUAAGGGCCUGUCGCAGCGUCUUACUGCCGAGGAGUCCUGGGGUCGGGAAUUCGUCACCACUGCUCUUGGUGGAGCGAUUCCCAAGCAGGCUCCGAACAACCUUCAAGAAAAACAGGAACAAGUUCGCAACCUUGAGGGUGCCCCUGGAGACCCCAAAGCACUGGCAUUCCGUCUGCAAAUCCUGUACGAUGAGGUAGAGUCUGGGCUCAGUACCGAAACGAACCUGCUGGCAGGGUAUUCGUCAGAUCUGCGAGGCCUGAGUCUGGAACUGGUGACGAGCUCUGAGACGGCUAAACAACUGCCACCGCUCCAGCUGGAGGAUGAGGAUUUGGAAGCGAUUGCAGCUGCAGCGGAGCUUGCUGAAACCGCCCCUGUUGAGGUUUUGUUUCCAGCCCCUGAAGUUUGCCCUCUAGACACUGCGGCGAUGGGUUCAGAUCUCAGUGAGGCCUUCGAAAGAUUGAAGAAGUCCAUCUGGGCUGUUCGUGAGUCCUGCGAAACUGUCACUUCAGCGGAGAAACAGUACCGUACAGCAAAAAAGGCCUGCCAAGUGUGGCUGUCCGAGGCCCGCAAAAACCUUAACGCGUGUGUGAGCGUGGACCAACGAACUGCGCUGCAACUGAUGAACCUAGACCAGAAGAUAAACCAACUUCGAUCUCGUCAGCAGAGGAUAUCGACUCUGCUGGAUGUGAAUACGGCAUCUUUGGACAAACUGGAUAAAUGCAAGGCCCUCGAAGCCGAACUGCAGUCCAGUGAGUCGCACCUCCUAGACGAGAUUCGCAACCAAUGUGCAGCCCAUGAUUGGGCUGUUCCUGAGCUAGCGACGGCGGCGGCGGCGGACAAGACAAGUGAAGGCGUGGCUGCACUGUAUCAUGAAUGGCAUCAGAUCAGCAACGAGGCC